AUGAUGCAGGAGCACAAGUCGUUUCUAAUAAGGGAUCUUCUCGGGGAUGUUUUGUCGGAACGAGUGCACGAAGAUUCAGAGGACGACUCGGCAGUUCAUUCGGAUUCCGAGGAUACGAUCGACCCCGGAAGUAGUCCGUGCACGCGAUUGGAGAGUCCUCCGCCGACGCUUUCGCCUUCGCCGGCGCCAGCAACUUCCGGCAAGUCCUGCGGUUCUACGAACGGUCCUCCCAGCGGCAGGAAGCCCAGAAGAAGACGAACAGCGUUUACUCACGCUCAGCUCGCUUACCUGGAGAGAAAGUUUCGUUGCCAAAAGUAUCUGAGCGUCGCGGACCGAAGCGACGUCGCCGACGCUCUGUCGUUAUCCGAGACGCAAGUUAAGACAUGGUAUCAAAACAGAAGGACCAAAUGGAAGCGGCAGAAUCAGCUGCGUUUGGAGCAGCUUCGCCACCAAGCGACGGUGGAGAAGGAGCUGUUGGUGCGAGGUGUGGGUCUUCACCAUGGAAGCAUAGACGCCUACUGUCCACCGUACAAUGCCCAAACUCAAACUCAAACUCAUCCGCCUCCACCGCCGCCACCGCCUGCGCCGUCCACCGCCUCGACGGCUGCAUUUCUCUCCACCGCAGCCGCUCUCUUUCGAAAUGUCACCUACGUUCACGGAUGUCCGCUCUAA